AUGCAGGACGAAAUUCCUCAGAACGAACAGAACAUAAAAGAUUCUCCAAUACGCAGUAAAACCACACUUUUUGCUCGAAAAAUUCCAUAUGACGCUACUGACAGUGAAUUUGAGGCAUUCUUUUCAGAAAUCGGACCGCUGAGAUUAUGUUUUACCGUAAAAGAAACAAAGAGCUCAGAUCCCACUUUAGACGAUUCGCUACAAAAAGAUAGUAUGCUUAAUACUGAUAGCUCUCAACAUUAUAUUGAUGAAAAAGGGCAAAAUCGAGGUUUCGGGUUUGUUCAAUAUGUCUUAAGCGAAGAUGCAGAACGAGCUUUAAAGGAAUUAAAGAAAGUCAAAUUUCGAGGGCAAAGAACUUUGAAAUUGGAAUUUGCUUUGAAAAAACACGAAAAGCCUCCAAUGAUCGAAAAAAAAACAGACAAAAAAUUGAAUAAUGCGAAAAAACCGAAAGUGGAAAAGACAGAAAAAAAAAGAUCAAGACAAUACGAAAUGACAAAUCGGAAAUUGGUCAUAGAGAAAGACGUGACUAAAAAAAAUUCAGUCAAAAACAAAAAUCAUACACUAUCGGAAGAUGCAGUCUUAUUUAUCCGCAAUAUUUCCUUUGAAGUCACUGAAGAAGAAUUGAGUGACAUAUUUCGUCCAUUUGGUCCGUUACGCUAUUGUGUAAUAACGAGGGAUGAUACAACAGGCCGUUCACGGGGCACUGGUUUUGUAUGUUUUGUAUACAAAAAGCACGCAGAUGCGUGCCUAGAAGAGGCGAAAAGCGUAAAUCACAUCGGAUCUGGUUCAACGGAACAGCCAGAAUCGUCAACCAAUGAAAAGAAGCGUAAAGGGAUAAUUUAUAAAUCAGUUCUCACAGCUGAUCCAUCAGACUCGCAAGCGCUCAAAUUUACAUUACAUGGUAGAGUUUUAUCAAUAGUCAAAGCAGUUGAUAGAGAUGAAGCUCAUAGAUUAACGGAAGAGAAUAAAAAUAAAAAGCAAAAAGAAGAUCGAAGAAAUACAUACUUGAUUAAAGAAGGAGGCAUGUAUUGA